UGACGGUCACAUGUGCGCCUGUGUUUAGUUUCACUUCCGCACUACUGUUGUCUGUACCUCGUUAGCCUCUUUGAUGCUUCUUUUUCACACAUUUGGAGGAAAAGCGCGUUUAUUAUCAAGGAGCGUGCAGCUAACAAUGUUAAUUUAAAUCUCCAGAGUACAUACAUAUUUACUUUAUUGUAUCUGCAUAACAACAAAGCAGCUUUAUUGCUUUAUUAAGUAAACCAGGAAGCGACGUUAGCGCGAGGAAGCUCACUACAUCAUCAACGUUGACUACAUGUUUUAACAAAACUGUAACUAUCACACAAGCUGUUACCACUUUACAGUUUAAGAAGUCAUGAAGGUGAACCAUCAAGGUGGAGGUCCCUUCCUGCUGUGGACUCUGGUUGUGCAGCUGGUCUUGUGUGGGAGUGGGGUGUACGCCACGGACGGCACCAAGAAAUGUAAGCUGUUAACGGAGUCCGUCUCAGAACGGGAAGUCCUCAAUCGACUAGAGCCACUCGCCCAUAAAAACUUUACAGCAGUGACCAAGAAUGGAUCUGAGAGUUACACAUAUGUGUUCCAGUUGUGUGGGGACGCCGCGGGUAUUCCUGGAGCUGGGGUUGUUCAGCUCGACAGCGGGAAAACGAAAAGUGAUCCAACAGUGAUUGGCUUGUAUACUGCUACACAGGCCAUUGGAGGAAGUGACUGGGUGAUGUUGAUCUACAGAGACGGCGACAAAUAUGAUGCCCACUGCUCCAAGGAAACGAGGAAAGCCAUAAUCAUGAUCUCUUGCGACAGGAGAAUAACCUCGGACCAGAUGAAGGUGGUGCUGGAGGACAGGCAGAGGACGCAGGACUGUUUCUACCUGUUAGAGCUGGACUCCAGUGCAGUGUGCCCACCUCUUGAGUCCCACAUUAGCACUGGCUCCAUAAUACUCAUCAUCGGUUUUUGUCUUCUGGCUGUUUAUUUAAUGGGAGGUUUCCUUUACCAACGACUGAUUGUUGGAGCCAAAGGGAUGGAGCAAUUCCCAAAUUAUACUUUUUGGGUUGAAGUUGGCAAUCUGACAGCGGAUGGUUGUGACUUUGUGUGCCGGUCACGAAAUCGGGAGGAGGCCCCGGCUUACAGCGGUUUGGCCACAGAGCCUUUAGAAGAAGAGCCAGAGGAGAGAGACGACUACUUACUGCCCAUGUGACCUCAAUAUGUCAAAAAUGGGACAUAAAUUUUCACUGCGUGACACAGUUUACUCUUUCACAGGUUGCUGUUAGACACAAGUCUUGUUUUUCUUGUGCUGGUUUAGGUUAGGACCUGUCAACACUUUGCGUGUAUUCCAGACCUGUGCCUACGGCAACUACUGUGUACUCUGUUUGUCACUUAAGAGGGCAUGUCACUCAUAGGGCCGACAGACUUGUCUGCUCCUUCUAACCCGUGCAUUACAUUCAGCUGUUUGAUGUCAAACAAAUGAGUGAUUCAUCCGAGAUUACAAAGUGACAAAGAGUGAUUCUUCCGUGGAAAUUUGGCAAAAAACGGUGAAGUUAAGAAGUAAUUUAAUGACCUAUUGCUCAUCUUUUUCUGCUUAGCGAAUGAUUGAUUGUUAUUUGAUGUUGGUGCAGGUUGCAACAAGCUGUUUUUGCUGCAUCAUGGUUCUGCACUGACAGUUGCAGGUUACAAAACACACAAGCGCUUUUGCGUGAGCAAUUUGGCUUUAAUCUUUGUUUGUUUUUGUGUUUUUUAAAAGUUGGAGAAGUAAUAUAAGAAUGCUAAUGUUUCAUUUUAAGUUCUGUGACUGUGCUGACAGCCUUGCUGCAAAAGUGGAAAUCACUGCAGAAAACAUAGCUUGACUGAAUUUGAUUUUUAGUCGUUUUCCUUUCUCCCGGAUUAUAGGGAAACGCUUCUACAUCAAUGCUAUUAUCUCCCUGAAAUGUUUAGCACUGCCUGCUUCCUGACUAAAAUCUGAGCUUGACAGUUAUAACUAACCAUCGUCUUAUAUAUAUUUUUUUUCAGAAAGGUCAACAAUGCCGUUAAAUUGAUGUUAAACUUACAAAUUUGGUGUUUGAAGCAAAGCAUCCAACUAAAAUUCAACAUUGAAUUCUUUAACUCACUAUUUUUUUUGCUUGAAAAUGCUACUGCACAGUAGACUUCAAGAACAGUGACAGCAAAAUACCAAUAUUUAUAAUAGCAAAGAUAUUUAAUAAUAAAUAUUAUAGUGGGUAAACUCCAAAUACACAUACACUAACAUUAUGAAGAGUAGACUGUCUUUAGACCAAAUGUUAUGGCCGCUUCACGCCUGAUGCUUUGCUUCUUUAGUAGUGUGGAGCCGAAAUGAAAACACUUAAUUUGGUAGUUAAGUUAUUACGGUUGUAUAAAUGUUACAGCUCUGAGGAUAUCAAUAUUGAGGAUUGUAAUGACGGCGAAAUUAUGUUAAAGUUUCUGUUGUGAUAAAGUUACUAUAUUGUCAGUGUGAGGACUUAGGUUUGUUUGUUUGUUUUGUUUUUGUCAUUUGCUUUUUGUGUUUAUUAGGUUGAAAUUUCUUUGCUUAGUUUGGUGAAACAACUCCUGGAUCACCAUCUGGUGAAAAGAGUUACUCCUGUGGUUGUACUAAACUGAACAACCUGUAGAGUAACAUACUAGCCUGUUUGGUUCAAGGAUGAUUUCAAGCCACCAACAUUUGUGUUUGUUUUCUGAUUCCAUCAAAAAAUAAAAUAUGAACGUAG